AUGGAGGUGACGGAUCGCAUCGCCUCUCUGGAGCAACGUGUCCAGAUGCAGGAAGACGACAUCCAGCUGCUUAAAUCUGCCCUUGCCGAUGUGGUUCGGCGCUUGAAUAUUACCGAGGAGCAGCAGGCCAUGCAGAACAAGAAAGGACCUACCAAAGAUCAGAGUGUGACUAAAAAAGCUGCUGCUGAGGCUGAUAAACAUGUCAGUCCCGCUGCCACAGCAAGACCGCUGGUACAAACCCUGCCUUUAAGGACUACUGUUAAUAAUGGAACUGUGUUACCAAAGAAACCAAGUGGCUCUUUACCUUCCCCAUCAGGAACCAGAAAGGAGACAGUGUCACCAGCAGCAAAAAGGUCUGUGAAUCUUCUCAAUGCAUGCAAACUGAAAAAGCCUGCUCUAAGCACCGUUAAGAGAACCAGUUCAGCUGAGCGCGUGUCCCCGGGCGGGCGGAGGGAGAGCUAUGGAGAUUCCAAAGGGAGUCGCAACCGCACAGGAUCCACCAGCAGCUCCUCCAGUGGUAAAAAGAACAGUGAAAGCAAACCCAAGGAACCAAUGUUCAGUGCAGGGAAGCGGCGUGUGACACACUGCAAAGAGGAAGGAUACGUAAAAAUGUUUCUGCGUGGACGUCCUGUUACCAUGUACAUGCCCAAAGAGCAAGUGGAGUCUUACAAUUUGGAAGCAAAAGUAGAGCUACCAGCCAAGAGGCUUAAACUGGAGUGGGUCUAUGGCUAUAGGGGUCGGGACUGUCGCAGUAAUCUCUAUCUUCUUCCAACGGGCGAAACUGUGUAUUUCAUCGCGUCUGUAGUUGUGUUGUUCAAUGUCGAAGAGCAACUUCAGAGACAUUACACCGGUCAUAAUGAUGAUGUGAAGUGCCUGGCUGUCCACCCCGAUAGGAUCACUAUAGCGACAGGUCAAGUUGCAGGGACAUCCAAGGAUGGGAAACAAUUGCCGCCACACGUGCGCGUUUGGGAUUCUGUAACUCUGAAUACGCUGCACGUCAUCGGAAUGGGGUUUUUCGACCGAGCUGUCACGUGCAUUGCUUUUUCCAAAUCUAACGGAGGCAGCAGCCUGUGCUCCGUGGACGACUCAAACGACCACGUGCUGUCUGUGUGGGACUGGCAGAAAGAGGAGAAGCUGGCGGAUGUCAAGUGCUCUAAUGAGGCUGUAUUUGCUGCAGAUUUUCACCCUACUGAUACAAAUAUAAUAGUUACUUGUGGAAAAUCACACCUUUAUUUUUGGACACUAGAAGGGAAUUCCCUUGUUAAAAAGCAAGGAUUAUUUGAGAAACAAGAGAAGCCAAAGUUUGUCCUGUGUGUGACCUUUUCUGAAAAUGGUGAUACUAUUACAGGAGACUCAAGCGGAAACAUUUUGGUCUGGGGGAAAGGUACCAACAGAAUAAGCCACGCAGUUCAAGGGGCGCACGAGGGCGGGAUAUUUGCGCUGUGCAUGCUGCGAGAUGGCACGUUAGUGUCAGGAGGUGGAAAGGACCGAAAGCUGAUAUCUUGGAAUGGAAAUUACCAAAAACUUCACAAAACUGAGAUUCCAGAGCAGUUUGGCCCGAUAAGAACAGUGGCAGAGGGAAAAGGGGACGUUGUGUUAAUAGGAACCACCCGAAACUUCGUCCUGCAGGGCACGCUGUCAGGAGACUUCUUCCCAAUUACCCAGGUAACAUUUCGAAGUCUUUGGGGACUUGCGGUCCAUUCCUCGAAGCCUCAGUUCUUCACCUGCGGACACGACAAACACAUCACCCUCUGGGAUGCCACCACUCAUCGGCCCAUCUGGAACAAGAUCAUCGAG